UAAGAAACGAGAGUCUGAAAAAAACGAGAAAUCAAAACAAAGCAGAAAAUCGAAACAGAGAAGAAUGUCGUCGGUUUCAAGCAUAUUUGGGUGUGGAGUUGCAAUAGCACCAAAUUCAGUGAAAAACAAGUCAAUUCGAAUUGAAAGGAGAAACGCGUGUGGAGGAUUGUUGAUUGAAUGUUCAUCAAGGCCACAGAAGAAAUCAACGGCGCAUCAUAUGCAGACGAGGCCUCGCAAAUCACAACCGUCCGAUAGAAAUCGGAAGCCAACAGUGUACGCUCCGUUGCCACCACUGCCUCCUGAUUGGACGGUUGUUAUUACUGCUGAUGCAUCGACGGCUCCUGUUGCUCCUCCGCCUCCCACUCCUUCUCCUUAGCCAUAUGCUUCACUCGGUUCGGUACCUUUUUGUAAGUCUAUGUUGUUAUGUUCUGUUUUAUUGGACGAUGUAUUGUAUUGUUUAUUUGUUAACAUACUUUAGUUCUAUUUGUCAAUUAACUAUGUUUUUCGUAUUUAUAUGUGAGUUGUGAAACCUUAUGGAUGAUGAAAUGUUUAUGAGAAUCGAAUGUUUUUCCCAUUUGUUUA